UGCAGCUCUACGUAGUGUUUACUUCCUGUUUGGCUGAGCUUGUUCCUGUUUGCAGCUGUGAGGAUCAUCAGCUCUUCUCUCUGUGACUCUGACACAAUAUUUGCGUUUUAAUAUAAAAAUGGUCGCAGUGACGCGUUUGUUGUGAAGGUGAAAGUUAAAUGUUUAACGUUGAAACUGCGUAGUUACGUGUUUAGUGUGAGUUGGGAAGCAGCAAACAUCGGCUAACGUUAGCUUAGCGGUAGCCAACCGACUGACAACAACAUUGUCUGUGUCGGUCUUGUCAGUUAGCAGCUUUGCUAACUCCCCGCCUUCCUUCAGGUGUCACGGUUACCUGACAGAAUUGUGUGUCUCCCUGUUUCCUCCGCUCGUCCCGGCUUCAGUCGACGCUAGCCUCUCUGAGCUAGCUACCCGCUAACGUGCAACAUCAGCAGUCGUCAAGGAAACCAUGAACAUCCUCCCGAAGAAGAGCUGGCACGUGCGCAACAAGGACAACGUCGCGCGCGUGCGGAGGGACGAGGCCCAGGCUGCGGAGGAGGAGCGCGAGGCCAAGAAGCGCGUGGAGCGUGCAGAGCAGGAGGCCCGUACAGAAUAUCUAAGAAGAAAAUCCCGAGCUGCUCUUGAGUCAGAAGGAGUACGGACAGAAGAUGUUGGUGAUGAACAGAGUGGAGGAAGUGGAGUUCUGGAGCAUCUCAAUCUGUUUCCUCUGGAAGAUUCCUCGGAGAAGAAAGGGAAUGAAGAGUACCUCAAAGAAAAGCAAGAUGAAAAGGAGAAGCAGGAGCGUGCCAUUGGCUUGCUGGUGUCUCUCGGACCCCAGCCUGGGUCUGAGGUCACUCCAUGGUACCUGAAAACGGGUCAAGAAAAAGAAGAAAGGAAAGAAAAAGAAAAGAAAAAGGGAAUAAGUGAAGAGGAGAGAGAGAAGAGGGAUCGUAGACUGAAGGAUAGUUUGGAUCCAUUGAAAGAUAUGAAAAAAGCUCUGGCUGUAAAAGACAAAAAAGGACACAAGAGCAAGAAAAGGGAAAAAAGAUACCAGGGGGAAAAGAAGAGCAGUGGAGAGAGCUCCAUAGAACAGUUACGUGCUGAGCGUUUACAGAGGGAGGUUGAAGAAAGGAGACGAGCCCAGGCCCUGAUCGAUCAGAGGAACGGCAAAGGAAAGGACAAGGAGGCGGGGAGGGAGCUGAAUGAAAGGGAAAGGCCGUACAACACCGCCUUCUUCCCAGAACUGGCCCGAAAGAGACAAAGGCGGGACCGAGACAGCUGGAAAGAAGAGAUAUUAAAAUCAUGAACUGUCUUUCUAGUUGUUUGAAGAGUUUGUUUCUAAAUGUAGAAACCCAGAGGAAAAGAAGGUAACAUGGAAACUGGGUGAAGAGCUACAUUCUAAACAUACCUGUAACCUGGUGAUAUGAAACUGAGGAUGAUGACUAGAUCAUUUCUUUUUAUUUAUUUAAAUUCUUGCAGCAAAGUCAGAAGUAAGCUUCAGCUGCAGAUACCUCUGCCCAUGCUGUGUUACGUCAGCUGGGCAGAUGGUUGCCAUCACAGGGGGCUUGACUCCAGGCUGUCAACAAAGAAGAUGCUCUAACAUGGUUCAUAUUAUUAUUAUUCAUCAUUGUUAUGGUCAAUAUGAAACAUGAAAACAAAGGUGAAGUAUGGUGUAAGGUGAGCAAACACAGCGCACACUGAGUGAACAGUAGUCUCAGUCAAAUCCUCUGAUAGUUCACACGAUUUAUCAUAUAUAAAAAUCUGAAGAACAAUUUUCUUUUCCCAGACAUUGUUUUGGGUCAAAAUUAUUUGUCUCAUAUUUCAGGAUUAGUUGUUUUUCUUUGUCAUAUAUGAAGAAAACUUAAACCUUGAGUUUUCUACUGUUGGUUGAAUAAAACAAACAAUCUCAAAGUGUUGUGAAUUGAAACAGUUGACCCUAACAAUCUGCAAAUAAAUAUUGUAAUUUGCACAGCUGAUUUUGUGAGUAAGGGGAUGUUGAAAUGAUGAAAUGAUAUUUAAUUGAUAGAGGAGGAUAUUGUAAUUAAAUAACAUUAUUCUUUUUUUACCAAGUAAAAUAUUGGCUCUUUCUCUUGUUGAAGGUGUGGUCAAUUAACACCAU